GGUCUGCGUUACCUUGCCCUCUUUUAGCUACCGCAUCUACUGUAUGCUUCCUUCACCUUGGAGUGAAAUGUAUGGCUAUUUUUUUUAAAAAACAGGGAACUCGAAACUCCGAUGUCAGUGCGUUCAAGACAACUGGGAACUCCGUGGAAAAACCAGGUCCGACUGGGAACAAUCGUUUUGAACGGUCAUUCAACCCAGAAUUCCAAGUCGGGAAAUAGGGCAUCUUUCUUGAGCUCCGACUUUCCGACCUAAAAAAAAUCACUGACGUCAUGAUUUGACCUUUUUUCCCCGAGUUCCAAGUUGCCUUGAAAACAGCAAGACAUGAAAACCACUUUCCGACAUGAUGCAGGAUGGCAGAGGGCUUUUUGAUGGAGGUGUGUGUGGACAGUGUGGAGUCUGCCAUCAACGCCGAGAGGGGAGGUGCUGGUCGGCUGGAGCUGUGUUCUAGUCUGCUAGAAGGAGGAAUCACGCCCAGUAUAGGUCUGCUGCAGGUGGUGAAGCAGUAUGUGCGAAUCCCGGUCUAUGCCAUGAUCCGUCCACGCGGGGGGGAUUUCCUGUACUCGGACCGCGAGGUGGAGGUGAUGAAAAGGGACAUUGAGUUGGUGAGGAGUCAUGGGGCAGAUGGACUGGUGCUGGGAGCUCUGACUGAGGAUGGGAGAGUAGAUGCUGAACUCUGUAUGGAAUUGCUAGCUGUUUCUCGUCCUCUACCUGUUACUUUUCACAGAGCCUUUGACAUGGUGCACGACCCCAUGGUUACCUUGGAGACGCUGGUGUCUUUGGGGUUUGAGCGUGUUCUGACCAGCGGAUGUGACUGUUCAGCUCUGGAGGGACUGCCUCUCAUCAAACGCCUGGUGGAACAGGCUAAAGGGAGAAUAACCAUUAUGCCUGGAGGGGGUAUUACAGAGCGGAAUCUCCAAAGGAUUCUAGAAAGUUCUGGGGUUCUGGAGUUCCAUUGUUCUGCUCGCUCCAGUAAGGACUCUGCCAUGAAGUUCAGAAACUCCUGUGUGAACAUGGGCGCCUCGCUGACAGCUCCCGAGUAUGGCCUGAAGGUGGCAGACGUGAGCAAAGUCCGCUCUCUGAACGCUAUAGCCAAGAACACCCUGUAGUGACGACAAGCACAUACACACCUGAACUCCCUGUAUGGCUGCUGGACAGCUGUCCUCAGCCCCUUUGGGUAGCUGGUCCUCCUGCUCCUAUUGAGCCUGACCCCAAAAUAGUGUACUAUAUAAGGAAUAUUUGAGGCUCUCUUACACUGUUCCUGGAUGGCUACCAUCCUGUAGGUCUUCCCUCCAACCCUAAUCUAGCUCACCUGAUGCUAAUAAUGAGCUGGUUUGUAAGCUGAAUCAGGUAAAUUACAACUGGGUUUCGGUUGAAAAACUACAUGAGGGUUGCUGUCCAGGAACAGGGUUGGAGUACCCUGGAAUACGGUGUAAGUUGGAAGCGAAUCAAUUAAUUUUUGUAGUAAUUUCUAAAAGUGAGGUCAUGUUUACACAAUGACUAAAUAAAAAGGUGUAUAUAGGCUAUCAUCAAAUCCCUUAGGCAUUGUAAGAUGUGUGAGGUUUCAUACAGCUUUGUAUUCACAAUAGUUGAUUAGGCAUUGAAUUACACAAUCGCAGAAUCCUGUUUCCUGGAGGUUCAGCUUGAUGUCAUUACUUGAUUGUUUUGUGGAGAGUUCCCCUCCAUACAAUGAAAAGUGAUUUGAAUAUUGGGGAAAGCGCAAUAUAAAUCCAAUUAUUAUUACAGAGUUAUUGAUAGAAAAGAGAGACCUGCACACUGUUAAUGAGGAAAAAGACAUGUGUUUUUUAAAACAUGUUUAAAAUGUUCUUAGGGAGCGUUGAAAUUUACACAAUUGUCACCUGGAGGGAAAUGGGGGAGGGUCAUGCUUUUCAUAUUUCAAUCAGAGAGUAUUUUUAAAUUGUAAAAACAAAUAGUCCAGGGGAGGGUCAUGUCAUUUGUAAUCGAUUAAAUGUCAUAUUGCUCAAUGUUUGGGAAUUAGUUGCUUAUUCUAUCUCGACGUGUGCCCGACGCUGCCCCUCAUUCCUGAUUCCAGUGUUGUAGUACUGGAGUCCGGUCUAGAGACCACGUUUUGAGCGUCUGGGUCUUGUCUCGAUAUCGGCUACAUUUGUAAUUUCUACCCGAGACUUUAUUUUACUUUUUUACAUUUUAUUUCACCUUUAUUUAACCAGGUAGGCCAGUUGAGAACAAGUUCUCAUUUACAACUUCGACCUGGCCAAGAUAAAGCAAAGCAGUGUGACCCAAACAACAACAGUUACACAUGGAAUAAACAAACAUACAGUUAAUAACACAAUAGAAAAAUCUGUAUACAGUGUGUGCAAAUGAAGUAAGGAGGUAAGGCAAUAAAUAGGCCAAUAGUGGCAAAGUAAUUACAAUUUAGCCAUUUACACUGGAGUGAUAUGUGCAGAUGAGGAUGUGGAAGUAGAAAUACUGGUGUGCAAAAGAGCAGAAAAACAUAUUGGGAGGAGGUAGGUAGUUGGUUAGAUGGGCUGUGUGCAGUGAUCGGUAAGCUUCUCUGACAGCUGAUGCUUAAAUUUAGUGAGGGAGAUAUGUCUCCAACAUACCGAUUUAUGAUUUUUCAACGCAGAUGCCGAUUAUUGGAGGACCAAAAAAAGCUGCUACUGAUUAAUUGGCCAAUUUUUAAAAAUGUAUAUAUUUGUAAUAAUGACAAUUACAACUGCUGAAUGAACACUUAUUUUAACUUAAUAUAAUACAUCAAAAUCAAUUUAGCCUCAAAUAAUGAAACAUGUUCAAUUUGGUUUAAAUAAUGCAAAAACAAAGUGUUGGAGAAGUAAAAGUGCAAUAUGUGCCAUGUAAGAAAGCUAACGUUUAAGUUCCUUUGUCAGAACAUGAGAACGAUAAUAUGAAAGCUGGUGGUUCCUUUUAACACGAGUCUUCAAUAUUCCCAGGGAAGAAGUUUCAGGUUGUAGUUAUUAUAGGACUAUUUCUCUCUACCAUUUGUAUUUCAUUAACCUUUGACUAUUGGAUGUUCUUAUAGGCACUUUAGUAUUGCCAGUUUAACAGUAGCUUCUGUCCCUCUCCUCGCUCCUACCUGGGCUCGAACCAGGAACAAUGACAGCCACCCUCGAAGCAGCGUUACCCAUGCAGAGCAAGGGGAACAACCACUCCAAGUCUCAGAGCGAGUGACGUUUGAAAUGCUAUUAGCGUGCACCCAGCUAACUAGCUAGCCAUUUCACAUCGGUUACACGAGCCUAAUCUCGGGAGUUGAUAGGCUUGAAGUCAUAAACAUCUGCUGGCAAAUGCACAAAAGUGCUGUUUUAAUGAAUGCUUACGAGCCUGCUGGUGUCUGCCAUCGCUCAGUCAGACUGCUCUAUCAAAUCAUAGACUUAGUUAUAACAUGAUAACACAGAAAUGGGGCGGCAGGGUAGCCUAGUGGUUAGAGCGUUGGACUAGUAACCAGAAGGUUGCAAGCUCAAACCCCCGAGCUGACAAGGUACAAAUCUGUCGUUCUGCCCCUGAACAGGCAGUUAACCCACUGUUCCUAGGCAGUCAUUGAAAAUAAGAAUUUGUUCUUAACUGACUUGCCUAGUUAAAUAAAGGUAAAAAGAAGAAGAAAUAAAUAAAUAUGAGCCUUCGGUCAUAUGGUCGAAUCCGGAAACUAUCAUCUCGAAAGCAAGACAAUUAUUCUUUCAGUGUAAUAUCUAUAACGGGUGGCAUCCAUAAGUCUAAAUAUUCCUGUUACAUUGUACAACCUUCAAUGGUAUGUCAUAAUUACGUAAAAUGCUGGCAAAUUAGGCGGCCCAAACUGUUGCAUAUAAUACACUGACUCUGCGUGCAAUAAACGCAAGAGAAGUGACACAAUUUCACCUGGUUAAUAUUGCCUGCUAACCUGGAUUUCUUUUAGCUAAAUAUGCAAGUAAAAAAAUAUAUACUUCUGUGUAUUGAUUUUAAGAAAGGCAUUUAUGUUUAUGGUUAGGUACACAUUGGAGCAACGAUACGCACCGCAUCAAUUAUAUGCAGCGCAGGACACGCUAGAAAAACUAGUAAUAUCAUAAACCAUGUGUAAUUAACUAGUGAUUAUGAUUGAGUUUUUUUAUAAGAUAAGUUGAAUGCUAGCUAGAAACUUACCUUGGCUUACUGCAUUCGCGUAGCAGGCAGUCUCCUCGUGGAGUGCAAUGAGAGGCAGGUGGUUAGAGCGUUGGACUAGUUAACUGUAAGUUUGCAAGAUUGUCAGCUCGGGGGAUUCAAGGGAAACAUCUGUCGUUCUGCCCCUGAACGAGGCAGUUAACCCACCGUUCCUAGGCCGUCAUUGAAAAUAAGAAUGUGUUCUUAACUGACUUGCCUCGUUAAAUAAAGGUGUAACAUUUUUUUAAAUAAAUUGGCCAAAUCGGAAUUCAAAAAUAUUUCAGAUUGUUAUGAAAACUUGAAAUCGGCCCUAAUUAAUCGGCCAUUCCAAUUAAUCGGUCGACCUCAAUACUAAGCCUACCUGAUAAUAUACUGUGUUUUAAAAAAUGUAUUUUUCACAAAUUCAUUGAUGAUCAGAUACUUAAUUUGUAACUUGUUCUGUUGCGCUAAAUGUUUAUAGUUGAUAGACAACUUUAGCACUGUUCCAAACUUAGACUAUCCUGUUUUUUUUAACAAUAGCCUGUAUAGAAAUCAAUGUUGUUCUCUUGUUCUGCAGCAUGCAUUCAUUCGUUGUCAUGCUCUAUUGUAGUAUUAAAAAAGAUUCUACUUGGGCACGAGAAAGCCUAUUCCCCCUCAGGAGACUGAAAAGAUUUGACAUGAGUCCUCAGAUCCUCAAAAGGUUCGACAGCUGCACCAUCGAGAGCAUCCUAACUGGUUGAAUCACUACAGUCAUGUAGAAUUGCAUUAAUUUUGUUUAUAAAAGGCCUUUUUUUUCUCAGACCACAAAUAAGAUGAUAGAUACAUGCAGUGGUUUUUAAAGUUUUUUUUUUUUUUUUUACAAUGGAGAUCUUUUCACUGCUUACCUUGACCACGGUGGUCUGCGAAUCCACAACCUUCUGGCUACUUUGCCAUGUAAUGCUUACAAACGAAGAACAGUUUCUAAAACUGCACCUAAGGCUCUGGUCUGUCCUUGGAGUAAGGGUAUAUAGUAGGAAUGUUCCCUGCUAUCCACUUUGUUUUAAUUAUUAUUUUGGUUAUAGUGGAGGGUUUCAAGCGUUCAGGGAGGGUUGGGUAAAAAUAUAUUUUACUGAAGGGAGGGCCAUCCAUUUUCAUUUCAGAGAGAUCUGAUUUUCUCCAGGUAUCACUCAUUAUACAUAAUGUAGUCCCUUAUUGAAACAUGCCCUGUGCCAUUUGCUUUCAAUUCAAUCCUUGAAUUCAAUUCUUGAAUAUGCUUUGUGGAAUGUCAUAAUAAUGAAUAGAAAGGUGUGCGAAUAUGACUUUUGUAAGGGAUUGAUGGAACUACUAGAACUUUAACCCCUGUUAAUUUCUUUGCAGUCAAACGUUUUUUAUAACUAUUCAAUUGUACGUUGUCUCAAAAUUGAAAUAAUUAUUUAUCAGAAUCUCUA